UCUUCUACACACGCAACAUGAAUCUAGUUACUGUCGGUGCCCUUUUCUUGGCCUUAGCUUUAAGUGACGUGCAUGGUGGAGUCAUAGGUGACUACGGUGGUAAUCAGCAAAGCGUUGAGGAGCAUGGCGGGUACGAUGAAGGGCAGAGUCAAGAUGUAGAAGGCGGUGGAGAUUACAGCGAUUCAGAUCAGGGAAGCUUCGAGGGUGCGAGUGAUUUGUCCAAUCACAUCAGUGGUGGAGAAGAACACGGAUCUGAUUUAGGUCAGGAAGGAUUGUCUUCGCUGCAACAGGACUUUGGACAUAACCAAGACGGAGGUGCUGACUUUGGCGGGCAUUCACCACAAUGGCAGGGGGGAUUCACUGCCAGUCAUGGACUCGGUGGAGGAGCAGAGCAAGGUCAGUUUUCCUUAGGUGGUGGCGAAGAACAUAACAUUGGAGGAGAUGAAGGACAUAACAUCCAACUCUCCGGCGGAGAAGGAGGUCAUGAACUCUCACAAGGUGGACAAGGAUUUGAUUUUGGAGCUCACGCUGCUCAAUUAGUCUCAAAUGGAGGACACUUUGAAGGACAAGGCAUCGAUCUAGGUGGACAUGGCGGAUUUGAAGGUGGUUUUGGAGGUCAUGGAGGCUCUUUCGAUUUAGGUGAAGGCGGAGAUCACAAUAUUGACCUCCAACCUAAAGUUGAAGUACAGCACCAUCACAUUCCUACGAAGACAAUUGAGAAAACCGAACCAGUGCACAUCUCAGUCGUCAAGAAAAUCGGCGUUCCUGUGCCUCACCCUGUUGGAGUUCCAACCCCUCAAGUUAUUAAGGUUCCGGUACCACAGCCCUACGCGGUUCACAUCUCAGUACCACAACCUAUUCCCGUGCCCAUCUACAAGCUUGUACCCCAGGAAAUAGAAAAGAAAGUUCCCAUCCACGUGGAGAAGCUAGUACCAGUGUACGUAGACAAGCCCUACAAAGUAGAAAUUGAAAAGCAUCACCUCCAAUACGUAGACAAGCCAUAUCCAGUCCAUGUACCAGUUUACAAGCACAUUUACCACCACGUUUCUAAGCACGGAAGUGGUGGACACAGUGAGGGCCAAGGACAUUAGAGCUGUUAACUAGUCAUUUGUAGACCAAUUUGGUAUUUGUUCACUUUGGCGUUGGGUAACGUCGAAGAGCUUUAUUCAUUCUCAUGAUCGCCAUUCUUAUUUCACUCAUUGUCAUCCAUGUAUAUUGUUAUUAAUUUUAUUUUUCGUAUUUUAUAUUUUGUUAUUUGUUUAUUAAAAGAAUUUAAAAUUCUAA